AUGUUUGAUUAUUACCUUAAACAAACAAAAAAAUUUAUUGCUAGAAAAUUCCCAUUUUAUUUGAAAAUAUUUUUAAAUUUACGUGCCGUGUUGUUGACGAUAGCAAUUUUGGUUCUCGUACUAUUCUUCUUGUUGCGUUAUUAUGAAGAUUCGACCAACAGGGAGUUUACUGUGCAUGUUCCUGUUCAAGUUGAUGAUGAAAAUCAAAACGUAGUUGUUCAAGAAGUUAUUUGCCCGAAGGGCGUUGAAGAAAAUUGUUUUAAAAUUGAGGAUGUCCGACUUGAAGGAUGGAAUGGCCAAGAGUUAUUAGUGGUGGAUAAAGUUGAAGAUGUUGUGCUUACUAUUGCCAAACUAAUCCCAAAAUCAGGAGAAAAGUUCUCGUCAAAGAAUUCGGCUGGUUGGCCUGUUAUGAAGAAGAGAUUAAUUCUUGCUUAUGCAAAGGCAAUUGCUGGUCAAUUACUGGCAACUGGAUGCCUUGAAGCAAGUAAAGAAAAACCGAGAAUAUUAAUGCUGGGAUUGGGUGGCGGUACUGUUCCCAACUUUUUUGACGAAAUUGAAGGAAAUCGCGAAUUCAUCUCUCUAGAUUUAGAGCCAGCAAUGGAGUGA